AUGUCAGGAAUUCUCCAAAAGUCCAACGUCAUCGCUACUCGUAGCUACCUGCGCAGUAUUUGCCAUACAACCACGAAGUCCAAAGAUGUCACACCAAUAUCAAGUCGCGCAUCCUCACAACCAAAGUCAAACCACCCAGCAGAGGAACCCUCUCUCCCAUCAUUCAGCCUACUCCAGCAGAUCCGGGAAGCUCGACCAGCUACGCGUUACACGGUAUACGCCGGUCUAGGACUGAUGGCUGCUGUCGAGACAACAUUCUGGCUGAGCGUUGCGAGAGCAAAGUUCUUCCCAGCAACCUCUGAAGAAGCGAAACAACAUGAUGCCGAGCUUCUAGAAAGGAUACGAGGAGCUAUAAAGGGAUAUAGGCAGGUCUGGAUGCGAAAUUACGGCAGAUACUACGGCGCGUAUCAGUGGGGUCUGGAGUAUGGCGGGUUGGACGGACUGGAGAACAAGCGACAAUGA